AUGAAUGAGAAAGAGUGUCCCUUUCUCAUGCAUGUGUCCAAGGAUGGUGAUGCUGAGGGUUUGGUGAUUAAGACUCUUAUUCUAGAGCAUACAUGUUGCAAGCAUAGGGAGGUACCUAGUGCUAGUCAGGGAUACUUGGCUAAGUAUUUCAAGCAAGCAGUUUAUAGGAACCCAAAAUACACCUCCAAGGACAUGCAAGGUCAUGUGAAAGACCAUCUGAAAUUGCAUGUUAGUUUAGCCAAAUGCAAGAGGGCAAAGAAUGAAAUCAUAUGCAAUCUGGAGGGGAGCUACAAGGAAGAGUUCAGUAGGCUUUGUGCCUACAUUGAGAAGGUCAAUGAGUGUAUGCCAGGAAGUAGGUUAGAGCUCCAGUUAUCUACAGAACAAUUGCAAGCUGGAAAGAGAGUUUUUAAAAGACUCUUUGUCAUGCUUGAGCCGUGUAGAUUGAACUGGUUGGGAGGUUGUAGAAAACUGAUAUCAUUGGAUGGUUGCCAUUUGAAAGGAGCCACCUUUGGCUGUCUUUUAACAACAGUUGGAAAAGAUGGCAAUGAGGGAAUUGUUCCCAUUGCAUGGGCAGUGGUGAACAAGGAAAACAAAAAUAAUUGGAGAUGGUUCAUGAAUUGGUUGAAGCAGGGGCUGGAAUUAGGUGAGGGAGAUGAGGGGCUGAUGGAAGCUAUCAAAGAAAUUACUCCACAAACCGAGCAUCGAUGGUGUGCUCGCCAUAUUUAUGCAAACUGGAGCAAGAAGUGGAGGGGGGAAGAGCUCAAGAAGAGAUUCUGGAUAGCUGCGUGGAGCUCUUACCAUCAAGAGUUCAAACUGAACCUUGCUAAAAUCAGUGCUAUCAACAAAAAAGCAACAUAUGAUCUCAUGCACUAUCAAGCCUUCCAAUCCCCCAGGUGCUCUACUUUUAUGGUUGAUAACAAUAUUUCUGAAUCCUUUAAUGCAAACAUAUCUGAAGCUAGGCACAAACCCAUAAUCUCUAUGCUUGAAAAUAUUAGAGUGAUGGUUAUGUCUAGGAUUAGAGAUAGGAGGUCAGUUGUUAAUGGUUGGAAAAGUAUUUGGUGUCCAAAUGCAAUGAAGCAAUAUGAAGAAAACAAACAACUUUCAAUUGAAUGCAAUGUGCUCUUGAAUGGAGACAGUGGGUAUGAGGUCAGUGAUGGAGAGGACAAACACAUUGUAUUUGUUGAUAGGAGGAUGUGUACAUGCAGGGUAUGGGAAUUAACAGGUAUUCCAUGCCCUCAUGCAAUAGCAGCUUUCUAUUCAGGCUCCAUGGACCCACUCUCUGUGAUGAGUCACUGGUAUACUAGGGAUACCUAUUUGAAGUGUUGUAAACAUACCAUACAACCUAUACUUAGAGUUAAAUUUUGGAAUAUGAAUGAGGAUGAUGCAAUUGAGCCUCCACCUGUGGAGAAGAAGGUUGGAAGGCCCAAGAAAAACAGGGUUAGAGCUACAAAUGAGCCUAAACUGAAGCACAAGCUCUCAAGAAAGGGUAAAGUGCAACACUGCAGUGUCUGUGGGAGUAUGUCACACAAGAAAGAUAGCUGCCCUCAAAGGCCUUCACAUCUGAUCAAGGAAUCACAAGCUUCAACAUCAUCCAAGCCAACAAAGAAGAGUGGCAGAAAAAGAUCAAACUCAGGAGUAGGUUUGUAUGUGAAUGAGAAGACUGGAAAACAACUUCUAUUGAGUGGAAGAUCCUCAUCUAUUGUCAUAGAUGAAGGGAACCCAAGAGAAACUGAUCCACAGACCAGAUUCCCUAUACCAAAUGAAUCUAAGAUAAGAAAAGAAAAAAGGCAGAGACAAAGCACUGAAGAACCUGGCCCAACACAAGUGAAGAAGGAAAAAAUCAAGCCAUUCAAGGCACCCAAAUGGAAGAAGGCAGAUGACCAGCAAGCACAGAUACUAAGGAGAUCACCUAGGUGGAAGAAUAUCAUCUCAACACUUGGAUUCACCACUACGGGUUGA